GUACCUUUUCGUGCUGGCAGCCGGUCUUGUUGGCCAUGGUCUUUUUUCCGGAAGCAGCGACAGUUGGAAGAGCAGCUCUGUACUAAUUAUAACGGGGGCCUAUGCGGCGCGGUCGCGGGGUAGUUCACCAGAAGUUGGAUUUGCACCUGCUCCAGAGGGGACCACGACUGAAGCCGGACACGAAGUGGACGAGGGUGAAGCAUAUUCUGACGGCAUGGUGGUCCCAUAUCGUGGCUCUGAAUUGGUCCUCGGCGCGAAAAAAGUACAGCAACGCGUCCGGAAGAGGACGAACAAGACCCGCGGGAUGAAGAGUUGCAGUGCAUCAGCAAAAAAGCCCGGAAAAGUCGC